GUCUUAUUCCUAUCUGCAGCCUUGUAGAGAGAGGGACACAGAGACCCUCAGCCUAGGAGAGAAAGGCCUUGUCACUGAGAGACAUGAAACCCAAGAGACAUUUUCACAUUGAGAGACCUUAAGGCUGGAAGAGAGACAUUCGCUAACCUGGCAUUAUCCUCACCAUGAGAAAGCCUUAAUGUAGAAAAACAGACACAGAAAAUAUCAGUUUUAAACAACAUGAGCCUGGAAGGAAGACAGCCAGAAAGAGUCUCAUUCUACUAAAUAAAUACUCUGACAGACAUUCUCCAAAGAUUCAUUCCAACUGGGAGAGAGACCCUCUGACAUACAGGACCCUCUCACCCAAAGACAGAAAGGCUCUCUGACAGAUACUAAGAGGAGACCUCGCAUCCUUUGAGAGAGAGGACAUGAAAAACCUCUAAUUGAGAGAGGAGACAGUGAAACCUUUUUUAAGCACAUGAGGAGAGACCUUUUAUCCUGGUAGAGAGGGGGCAGAGAGACCCUCACAGUGACAGAGGUCCAGAGAGACCCUUUGGCAGACAUCAAGAAGAGACUCCUCAUCCUGAUUUUGGGAAUGACAGAGAGACCCUCACCCUGACAGAGGUGCAGAGAUCCCCAUUGUCAGAUAUCUAGGGAAGACCUCUCAUUCUGGAAGAUAAGUUGCAGAUAGACAGAGGCCUGAAGGAGAACCUCAUUUUGGGAAUAUAAGGAAAAAAAGCAGGGAAUCCCUCAAGCCGAGAGCCCUUCAGAUUUGGCAACAGUGAAAUGGAGACACCUUUGGCUGAGUGAAGGGGGACCCCUUGAGUGAGGAGAGAGGGUAAGGGGUCAGGGGGAACCUCAGGUUGAAGAGCAAGAUAGUGACCCUCUGCCUGGGAGAUUCAGAGCCAGGGACAACAGGUAGACAGACACCAACAAGCUGGAACAGAGACACAUACUGAAGAGUUCAACAGAAAGAACCAUAGAGACGGGAGGGACACUCAGUGUGGCUAACAGGCCUGUGGCUUGGGAUAGAGUUGUAUCUAAAUGAUUUGUUGAACGCUGAUAGAGGCUGGGGCUACAGACCGGCAUCUGGUGGGAGAGGGGCACAUGCUGAAUAGGCCUGUGCAGGAGAGAGAGAGAGCACAGCUGCUGUACAGCUUUCCUACUAAUGGCUUGGCUACAGAUGAAAAAAACAGAAAAAUGACAGCAAGGAAAUAGAUCUAAACCAACGUGGGACGGACAUGAGUAACAACACAGGAAGCAGAAGUCACAACCAACUGAAAAAAACUAAAAAAACUAAAAAGGGUCGCACCACUGCGCUCAUUCUGAUCUUUGCGUUUGUCACCUUCCUGAUUAUCUUGAGUUCAAACAACAAUGAGGAACCAUUUAACUAUAGGGAUCUGAAACUCAAGCACCACAACCCCCCAAACAUCCGCAAGUGGAGUCUUCAGGAUGGCUACAUCUCCGUAUCGGGGAACAAGACACUACAAUCCAAGUGUAACAGCUGUGUCAUUGUAACAAGCUCCAGUCACUUGCUCAACACACUACUUGGCCCCAAGAUAGACCAAUCAGAAUGUAUCAUCCGCAUGAACGAUGCCCCCACUGCAGGUUAUGAGAAGGAUGUGGGCAACAGGACAACGUUCCGUGUGGUAGCCCACUCCAGUGUUCCUAUAGUCCUUAGGAGGCCACAGGAAUUUCUAAGCCGGUCCCCUGGUCAGACACUUAUUUUUUGGGGUCCCCCCAACAGGAUGCAGCAGAAUAGCAAGACCAACCUGUACCAUAUCAUCCAUCGUGCCAGUAUGGCAUUCCCCAAUGUGUCCGCCUUUGUGGUGUCCCCUCGGAACAUGAUGAGAUUUGAUCAGCUGUUCCAAGCAGAGACUGGAAGAGACAGGGAGAAGUCGCACUCCUGGCUCAGUACGGGCUGGUUCACUAUGGUGAUAGCAGUGGAGCUGUGUAACAAGGUGCACGUGUACGGCAUGGUGCCACCCAACUACUGCAGUGAUAAGCGCCAGCAUAAGAUGCCGUAUCAUUACUAUGAACCCAAGGGGCCAGACGAGUGCGUCACGUACAUCCAGAACGAACGAGGGAAUAGAGGGAGUCACCAUCGCUUUAUCACUGAGAAACUGGUGUUUGCUCGCUGGGCAUCCGUGUAUAACAUCUCCUUCUCUCACCCUGAGUGGUUCAGUGAUCUAGAGAGUGAAACUUUCUAAGUUUUAUAGAUGACCCCCAUCUUGGGGUUGGCACCCCACUAUCUGUUCUCGCUGGUGUCUUUACAGUUUACCAUACGUGAUAUGGUGUUUGAUACUAAACGGCUGGAUCGAGGGUGACAAUUCUUAUUGUGAAGCAGGAUUGUCACUAGAUUGUGGUCUUUGUUGCAAGAGAUCUUCUUCAUGAAUGUCCACUGCUGGACCCUGGAGGAUACAGUGGUUGGAUGACAGCAUUGGAACUACUUAACAAAGACAGCAGUGUACCAACAUAUAUCAGCCCAUCAUCCAACCAAUAACUGGUCUCUUCACUCACCCGCAGGUUGCUGCACCGGCCAUGGUGCCAACUCAAUACACCAUACAUUUCUCAGCGUUCUAUGGACAGUGUUGCCUCUCAGAUUAUCACAGUACAGCACAAUACAAGUAUUCCUAAUACCUGUUGUAUCACGAUAGCCUUAGACAACAGCAGAGUAUUUGCUGCGGUAUUGGAUAAGCUAGUUCUACACUAGGAAGGCAGAUAUUAAAUGACUCCCAAUCACACUGAUGGCAAAAUAUAUUGAUUAAUCAUCUCUGGGUUUAGAUUUCAGGCCGGGUGGGGCAUCUUGGCAGAUAAUUAUACAAGAAGGAUAAGAUAAUGGUACAUGAAAUGUUAUAUUGCACUGUAAACUUCAGCUGUGUAACACACACAUGAAAAUCUACACAUGCACACACGUCUACCCAUAUAUGCACAUGUACGUAUCAGAAUAUAAUAAUAUAAUAUUAGAAUAUAACCUCACAUCAAUAGAUCCACAAUGCCAAUCCAAGUACACACACACGCAUACAUAAGUACUGUACAUUCAGGCACACACACAUAUAUAUAAAUACCUACACACAUAAGUACUGUACAUUCAGGCAUAUACAUAUAUAUAUAUAUAUAUAUAUAUAUAUACACAACACAGAGAAAACCCUGCACUCACUAGCAAGCUCACAGCUAAGAUUUAAAAGCAAAAAUGGAAAGGUUAGUUACCGCAUCUGGCCAAAUGGGACAAGCCCAGGUACCACAUCAAGGUCCUUUCCAAUACCUGGGACCCUAAACCAGCCACACAAUGCAAGCUCUCAAAUCCAAACAAACUGAGAACAAGGGAAGGGUGCACAGGCUUAUGUAUAUAUAUAUAUAUAUAUAUAUAUAUAUAUAUACCUACACACAUACAGUAUAUACAUAACCGCAUUCACGCAUAUAUGUAUAAAGGCAUGCACACACACAUAUAUAUAUAUAUAUAUAUAUAUAUAUAUAUAAAUAAAUAUAUCAAAUACAUACACACGUACUGUAUAUACAUACACGCACACACACACACACAUAUAUAUAUAUAUAUAUAUAUAUAUACACACACAGGUACACACACCCAUACAUAUAUACAUACACGCACACACACACAUAUAUAUAUAUAUACACACACAGGUACACACACCCAUACAUAUAUACUGUACUUACCGGCAUACACACGGAUAUACAUAAGUAUUGUAUAUUCAGGUGCACACAUAUAUACAUACCUACACGCAAGUUCUGUACAUUCAGAUAUAUAUAUAUACUGUAUAUAUAUAUAUAUAUAUAUAUAUAUAUAUAUAUAUAUAUAUAUAUAUAUAUAUAUACUGGAAUGCACACAUAAAUACAUACCCACACACAUACAGUAUAGAUAUAAAGGCUGACACACACGUAUAUACACUAAUACAGAUAAAAGUAUGCACACAUGCAUAACCAUACACAGUGCAGGAGCGCCUAGACUGUAGUAGGUUGUGACAGCCAAACAGUUGUACAGGGUUGGAGUUUUCACAUUAUAGGCAGUUGUGUUUCUAGUGAAUGCUGGUCGUUGCUAAACAUACCAGAUCAUGACUGCAGCCCUGAAGGUCUAUAAGGUGUGAGCAGCCAUACGUUUGUCACGCACCCUCUUCAUCUACAUUUAUGCUAAACAUGUCAGUUUGAAUAUCUCCUGAGUUCUUCAGAUUUGAGAAAAUCUGAUCACGCACAUUAGAUGCACCAAAUAUUGCACUGUACUUGCGCCAAAUCAGGACAUACUCAUGCACCUGUUUUUUUUUCUCUAGACCACACUAACGGUGUAGAAUACACAUUUGCAGAACAGAUUGUCUCUUCUAUCUGUGCUGAUAUAAAAGCAUCAGGGAAUUGGAUGCCAAUUCCAUUGGCCAAGAGGCCAGUUUGGCGCCAGGAGACUUGAAAGGUUAGACUGGGAAAUGUUGGGUUCAAAUUGCAAAAGAGAAAUGUAAGGAGCACACAAAAAUGAAAUCAAUCGCUAUUGUGUUUUAAUUGUAUUCCAUAUUACAAAGUAUAUUCUCCAUUACAGGCUUACGCAUUUCACACAUGCAAUGUUCGGUUCCGUUGAGUAUAAGGAGCAUAUAGUGCUGAAAGUGAUGUGUUCUGGCAACAGCGCAGAACACCAAGGACAGGCAAGGGUUAAAACAGGGUAUGCAAACAUGCUUUUCAGAGAUCACUUAUGGUCUGGUCCUUAAACAUACCUACCAUCACAUUCAUGAUUCUAUGAGUGGUUAAGAGGGAGGUUUGGCAAUUAUAGGGAAAGGACAGGAAGUGGGAAUUGAGAGGAAGCAAAUUAUGUUGGGGAGAUGGGGUAAAAGAUAUUGGCAUUGCAGGGAGACCCAAGUCAACCUUAAUUGCCAUCAGUGCACAACAGGAUGUUUACAUGAUAUUUAUUACAUAAUUUACAGACAGUAUUGCUAAGGUUAUUUAUCAUUAAAUCAUGCCAUUCAUUUAUGUUUACUUCAUAAUCAAUCUGAUUGGCUGCAGGCAGUAUCUUGCACUCCAGUAGAAUACACAGGUAUUAUUCACAGCAGCUCAUUUCUACUUUGUAAAAAAAAGUAACUUCAAUAAUGUCUGCACUUCAAACCAACAAAGAAACCUUCUGUAUGGUUGUUGUCAUUGUGGAAGUGCUGAAAUCUCACAGGAGUAGACACUAUUGAUUGUCAAUCAAUAUUUUAAUAUACAUAUACACCAAUAUAUAUUUGUAAACCACAGUGUAUUGUUAUUUGAUUUCAUGCCAUCACAGGGAUCAGCACUAUAAAUAUUAUAAGAUGGGUCACUGCUUUACACAAACAUAGCAAGUGAAAUAUAGAUUUGUUUAUAGUUUUGUUUAUUUGUCUAAACAGGACCCUCUGUUUUAUGGUAAAUAUGUUGUCAGGAGGCUGAGUACAAUCUAAUAUUUGCCACAAAGAAAACAAAAUGACUCCUGACAGUUUGGUACUUAACUCCAAAGAUAUUAACAGCGCAGGGAAUUGCGGCUUGAUGGACAAUCCCAGCAUUGGGAUGGGCAGUCACAAGGCUCUUCAGGGACACGGAAUGAAUAAAUCUAAUUUUAAUAAAA